ACUUAUUUUUUAAUAUUAUUUACAUACAUGUAUACAAAAUGUUUUUUAAUAAAAUUAAAAAUACUUACCGUUGGCCAAUUGUAUCUAAUAUUUACAAACAUUUUAGUACGUCACGAACAAAUGCUGAACUUUUAAUGGACUAUUUAGGACUUUCUAAGAAUGAAGCUUACAGAUAUGUCAAAUAUAACAAACUAUUGCUUAAAGAUCCUGACAAAUUAAUGAGUAACUUGGAGUUGUGCAAAAAUCUGGGUUUCACCAAAGAUGAGAUUUUUGAGAACUCACGUUUAUUGGCAAUUAACUCUAUAACAUUACACAAUAGUUACUUGAUAAUGAAGGAGGGUGGUUUUAAUGUUAGUCCCUAUACAUUAGUCAGGUAUAGGUAUUACUUCAAUAAACUAGUCAGUGAGUUAAAGAUGUUAGAAUUAAUAAAUAAUGAUGUUAAUGUACAAGAAUCUUUCAUAAAAAGUAUUCAAACUUUGCCCAAAGGGUUUCAUAUAGAACCUGCAACUGAUGCAACUCGUUUUCGAGAAAUUCAUUUGAAUGUUUUAAAAGAAUUUCUAAAACGAGAAUUGGAAUGUACUGAUGAGGCAAUUGUGAAAUUAUUUAGAAUCCACCAAAUGAUCUCAAGUAAAAGUUUACAAGUGGUACAAGAGAAUUUAGCAUUGGCAAGACAAUUAGGAUUCAGUAAUGAGAAAAUGUUAAAUUAUGGGUACAUACUACACAAUUAUCCAAGUUAUCCAAAAACUGUUCUCAAGGAAUAUCCAGAUUUAGCUGGUGCAAACAUGGCUGUAAGCAUGAGGUGUUAUCCAAAAGUUAUGAUGUGCUCCCCCACAAACAUGGUCAAAAUUUAUGGUGCAUUAAAGGAGCAUGAUGUACCUGAUUCUGCAAUUAGAAGGUAUAUGAAUGUUUUCAGUUUGUCACCUGAAACAGUGAAACUAAGACUGCAAGAAAUUGAUACAGUACCAGAGUUAAAGUUGUUAAAAUCACAUGACCAGUUUUUAAAAUUAGUUAUACAUCAUACGAGGACAAAAACAAGAUUAAAUUACCUUCAAAAUCUGCAGCUGAAAUGUGCUGAUACAUUGCUUUUAGGAUUUUAUAAUAAUUUUAAUGAUCGCAUUAAAGUCGGAAAAGACACUAAUAGUCGGACAGAGGUUUAUAAAUUCCUUCGCAAUCAUUUUAAUUGCGAACCAAAACAAAUUAGAAAAAGGUGGGCGUUGCACCCUUAUAGUUUUCAUGUGCCUCUAAUUGAAAUGGACAGAACCUUUAAGUUUUUAAGAAAACUUGAAUAUUCUCUCAAUGAUAUUUUUCAAUGUAUACACAUUAUAUUAUACCCAAUAGAAAAAAUUAAAGUCGUCCUUGAUCUUAUGAGAAAUCAUGAAGAAAUUAAUUAUAUGGAAUUAAGUAAUAUUCAAAAACUUAAUUUAAUACUAUAUUUUAUUGAAAAAGAACACCACUUUACUGGCAAUGGCAUUUGGGCCAAAUGUGACGAACCCGUUGAAGAGAUUGAAAAAGUAGGGGAUUAAUCUCAUUUAAAGUUAUAAUAUGAAAAGACUGUUUUUAAAAUGAAGAAUCUAAAGAGAAUGUUAUUAACAAAUAUUUUUAAUUGUAAAUAACAUGUACAAAAAAUAAAUGAAUAUACACAUGAA